AUUGAGAGAGGCAGCUAUAAAUACAGGUCUCAUCACAGAAGACUGCUGAUUCUGUGUCAGAAAUAGUGCGAAUAUCCAUCUCUAAAAGAGCAAUGAAUUCAGUGAAAGACAUCCUCGAACAUGUUCCUGGGGAGGCCCGGGUCACCACUAUCGCUCUGGGUGGCUUUUCUCUGUUGCUGUUCAUCUUCUUCCUUGGAAGAUUCAGCAGCUUCUUCAAAAGCAACCAUUCCCCCAACCUCCCCCGAGUGCCAGAAGUUGCAGGACGGCUACCUCUGAUCGGGAAUCUGCUGCAGCUGAAGGAGAAGAAACCUUACAAGACUUUCACAAAGUGGGCUGAGCAAUAUGGACCAAUUUACUCCAUCCAAGCCGGUGCUUCCACUCUUAUUGUUCUCAACACCACCGAGGUGGCCAAGGAGGCGAUGGUCACCAGAUAUUCCUCCAUUUCAUCAAGGAAGCUGUCAAAUGCACUUAUGAUUCUCACUUCUAAUAAAUGUUUGGUUGCUAUGAGUGACUACAAUGAUUUUCACAAAAGGGCCAAAAGACAUAUUCUCGCAAACGUUCUAGGAGCGAAUGCACAGAAGCAACACAGGUGCCACAGAGAAGCCAUGAUGGACAACAUGUUAAAGCAGUUGAGUGAACAUGUGAAGACCUCCCCCAACCAGGCUGUAAAUUUCAGGGAUAUAUUUGCGCCUGAACUUUUUGGACUGGCUCUAAAGCUAGCUGUGGGAGAUGUUGUGAAUGCCCUCUAUGUGGAAGAGCUUGGCCGCACCUUAACAAAAGAAGAGAUGUAUAAGAUUCUAGUACUUGACUUGAUGGAGGGUGCAAUUGAAGUGGAUUGGCGCGAUUUCUUCCCGUAUCUGAAAUGGAUUCCAAAUAAAAGCAUGGAGGACAAAAUUCGUGGAAUCGAUUUCCGCAGAAAAGCGGUCAUGAGGGCAUUGAUAAAGGAGCAGAAGAAGCGAAUUGCAUCUGGGAUGGGAGUAAACUGUUACAUUGACUAUCUAUUAUCAUCAUCGGAAAUAAAUGAACUGGCCGAAGACCAAAUUCUGAUGCUGCUUUGGGAGCCCAUUGUUGAGACAUCAGAUACUACAUUAGUGACUUCGGAAUGGGCUAUCUAUGAACUCGCCAAGGACAAGAACCGACAGGAGCGACUGUGUGAGGAACUCCGAAAUGUUUGUGGACAAGAGAUGGUCACUGAUGACCAGUUGUCAAAGCUACCAUAUUUAGGGGCUGUAUUCCAUGAAACCUUGAGGAAGCACAGUCCUGUUCCAAUCGUGCCUCUUCGAUACGCCCACGAAGACACCCAGUUGGGAGGAUAUCACAUUCCCGCCGGAAGCGAGAUAGCAAUAAACAUAUAUGGAUGCAACAUGGAGAAGGAGAGGUGGGAGGAUCCGUACGAGUGGAAACCGGAGAGGUUUCUGGAAGGGGGUUUUGACAGUGGGGAUUUGUACAAGACGAUGGCGUUUGGAGCGGGAAAGAGGGCGUGUUCAGGCAGCCUUCAGGCUUCGUUAAUCGCAUGCGUUGCAAUUGGCAGAUUUGUUCAGGAGUUUGAGUGGGAGCUCGUUGGAGGGGAAGAAGACAAUGUGGAUACUAUGGGCCUCACCACACACAAGCGCUACCCCCUGCUUGCGAAAAUCAAGCCCAGGAAUUAACGGGGAGGAUUUGGUCACUCUGGUUCUCUUCCAAAAUUGAACUCUACAUGUGUCUCUGAGACAUGGCAACUUUAUAACCCUGCUUUCCCCCUUUUGGCUAUUAUCAUCCUUCAAUAAGAACUACUUAGCGUGAGUUUAGUUUUUAAUUUACAUUUAAUAAAAAUCUAUUUAACAUAUUUAACUAUUUAUGAGGUUUGAUGAUAGUACAUGUCAGAUAUAGUUUGAAUAUACUUUUAAGAAUUUUUUAAUCAAGUUCUUAAAUUAUUUUG